GACAUGGGCUCACUGAACGAAAUCACGUCCGACUUCGAAAUUGACAUUCUCUUCACGCAAUUGUGGCGAGAUGAAUCGCUAUCCUUCUCUCAUAUGUUAGCGUGCAAAAGCCACGUCUGCUCCAACGAAUAUGGACGCCCAACACUUAACGGUACAUUAUGGAUUAAUCAUCGAUUAUCGGUGAAGUCUCCAUGCAAUCUUGACCUACGCCAGUUCCCCUUCGAUGUUCAAAGUUGCAUCCUUAUCCUUGAAUCUUACAGUCAUAACGCGGAAGAGAACGGUACAUUAUGGAUUAAUCAUCGAUUAUCGGUGAAGUCUCCAUGCAAUCUUGAUCUACGCCAGUUCCCCUUCGAUGUUCAAAGUUGCAUCCUUAUCCUUGAAUCUUACAGUCAUAAUGCGGAAGAGAAACAUGCAAAAAGUUUAGGUGCAGCUACGGUGGAUGGACGAAGCUGUAACGUUGAUGAAACCCAUUCAGCUACCAGACUUUGA